AUGCUUGUAAAGGAUAAUUCAUCACCAUAAAAGUUUUCAGCUUAGCAACAAGAAUUCAAAAAACAAAAGAGCCAACGAUUUACUAUAUCUAAUUAAAUGAAGAAAAAGAGUCCUACAAGAUAUUUUAGGGAGAUGAAGAGUCUAAAAUAACAUCGCCAAUAAACGAUAUUAAAGAGUUCAAAAAGUUUUCAGCCUAAAAGAUAAAGUUAAGAUAACUCCUCAGAAUCAAGUGAAUGCGACAAUAUUGACGAGAAAUCAGACAUGGAAGAAAAAAUUAUAGCAGUACCUAAUUUGAGUUUUAAAGAAGGGCUAAUGGUUACACAUGAAUAACCAGAAUAAUUAACUCAUAAUUCUUCUGAUCCACAGCAUUCACAGAAUAAGAAACAUCAUAUUAUCAAAAAUAUCAAAAAAUGCUAAGGUGAUCAUAGCCUGAUGAGUGAUAUGAAUUCAUAAGAAAACCUACUUUCUAGAGACUAGGAUUCUUUUCAGAAUAGAAGCUUCUUAAAUUUCUUAAAAGUGCAACCAAUCGAAGACAGAUAAGAUUUUUAUGAAGAACUUGAUCCAAGAAUACUCAAAAAAUAUUAAAAACAUGCAGAGCGUAAUCCUUUCGAAGAUUCAUAUUAUGUUGUGCUUACACCACUUCAUGGCUUAGAACGCCUUAAAUAUGAAUUAAAUGUAAUAGAUAUCAUUUUUAAUCUUAGAAUUACAAUGACCAUCUAAAUUUUCUCAAAUUAAGAAAAUACAUCGUUUAUUCAUGCUUAUGCAUACCAAUGUAUUUUUAAAGAAUUGUAGAUAGUGUCUAAUUUAAAAUUAUCAAUGGUAUUCUCAUUAUUUGCAAUUUAACUUUUUUCACAUUGAGCAAUUCGUCUCCACCAGUUACAAAUGAAGAAUACAAAUAUUUUAUCUUUUAUUGCUUUGCUAUUGAAAUUGGUAUCAGAAUUAUUGCAGCAGGAGGAAUCUAUCCAACAAUUCAUUUUUUAUGCAGCAAAGAAGACAUGUUUAAUUUGCUAUGCACAUUAAUUACAUUCCUACAUUAUUUUUAUCCUAAACAUAUUUCAUUUGAUCUAUCACCAUUAAGAAUAAUCACAAUACUAUUAUAUUUGGGAGAUGGAUUACUAAGACUUAAAUACAUGUUGAUAGCUCUUAAAAAAUCAUUAAUAUUUUUGGCAGAGGCUAUUUUUAUAUUAUUGAUACUAUCUCUCUUAUUUUCAAUAAUUGGAGUAUCUUUAUUUUAAGGAUUAUUUAAUUAUCGAUGCUAACCUAUGGUAGGGGAACCUAUUGAAGAAUGGGUUCAAUGUUAUUAAAAUAUUUGUCCCGAUGGCAUGAUUUGUGUAUUCUCAUCAGAGACUCCUAAGCUUCCAACUUCAUUCAAUAAUGUGAUUUUUUCUUUUGGAUAGAUUUUAAGAACAAUAACAAUGGAUGAUUGGAGUUGGGUAAUGUUUUUUACGAUGAGAAUAUUCCAUCCUUAGAUAUGGAUUUAUUAUUUAGGAGUGAUUUUUUUAUGCGGUUUCUUUUCUAUAAAUUUAAUGAUAGCUGUUCUUAAGAUUCAUUAUUCUGAGGCAACAGCAGAAUGUCAAGAUUAUGAGAAGUUAUCAAAAUAGAAAAAUGAUCACAGUUUAAUGCGGCAAGAGAUGUUUCUAAGUAAAGAUGUAAUUACCUAUUUCGACUUGUCAUUUUUAAGAUACAUUGGGUUUUAUUCUGUUUUGAAAAAACAUAAACUAUUGCUCAAUACAGCUAAACCCAUCACUGAAUUGAUUGAUGACGAGGAUAAAGUCGAUAAGUUUAAUAAUUAAUUGCGAUUGUUGUCGUCUAAAUAAAAGAAGAUUUUAGACGAAGCCAAGUAGGUAUUAUUAUGACUUAAUUUUAGAAAAAUCUAAAGAAAUCUUUCUGGAACUAAUUUAAAAAUUUUUCUAUUAAAUAAUUAAUGUUGCCCAAAUUUAAAGAUUUAUCAAUAGAAUAAAAUAAAAUAAAUAUUAAGAUGUAUUCUGAUGAUCCAAUUGAAAUUUCCAUACUGUUGAAAUUAAGCGAAUAUUAAUUCACUUAAUUCCACAAUUCUGUUAAUUAUCAUGUAGACCAGAAAUUCAAGAGUCUAAAAGAUGUCUUCAUAUAAAAAAAGAGGUAUAAUAUAUGAAUUUACAAGCUAGAGUUGCGCAUAAAGAAAAAAUCAAAAUAUAUUAUCAACCUCUUUUCACUAAGAAAGAAAUCAAAAUCAUACCUCGUUAAUAAUCAGAUGUUUCUCUAAGUCGUUAUCCAAUACACAAGAGUACUCGUAGAAUAACUGUUUAAAGAUCAUUUAGUAUUAAGGAGGAUAGUCAUGGAACAUAAUCGCCUCAAAUCAGAAAAAGAUAGAAUGAUAUUUUUGGAACCGUUAACAUUAGGUCAAGAGUGGAAAGAAAAUUGCCUUUUGAAAUUAUAAGGGGAACGAGAAAAUAUCUAUAUAUUCAUGGAUUUUAUAUUGACUAUGAGUAGAUAUAAGAGAAAAUAAAUACAAAAAUACCUAAAAUAAAAUAAGUCUUAGAUUCAAAUGAGGAGGUCUAUUUAUAAAUUUUUUAAAGGGAAAGGGAAUAAAAGCUCAUCAAGUCAAAAAAUUGGUCAGGAAAUAAUAUUCUCCCCUUGAAUCCUAAUAGAAUUUAGUAAUUUCAAGAGAUCUUCAACAGUUUAAAUAAUUUCAACCAUCUUAUUUGGAUGCCAACCCUUGGUGGCAAAUUAUUGAUUUUAAGAAGAUACACACUUAUAAUUAUUGAUAACAAGAUUACUCAAUUUUUCUUUGAUUUCAUAAUUCUAAUCAAUUUCAUAUUCCUCUCCUUAUAUGGAAUAGCUGAUUCUCGGAUAAUAUCGAAAUUUGAGGAUCUAUCUACUAUAUUUUUAUUGAUUGAAAUAGGGUUUCAAAUGUUUACGUAUCCAUUGCAUCGUUUCUUUUCUAGCAAGGAAAAUGUGCUUUAAGCUAUAAUUAUGAUUGCAAGUUUUAUUGAAUUCAGUUUCAGUGAUUAUUUAAACUUAACCUAACAGUAUUUGAGAAUGAUCAGAGGAACUAAAUGCAUUUUAUUUUAUAGAUGCUUAAAAUAUAAUUAAAUGGCUGUACUUAUAGGUAAAAUAGCUUCAAUAACAUUCAAACAAUACAUCUAUUUGACAAUCUUUAUGUUCAUAAUGAUAACAAUAUAUGGAUUAAUUGGAAUGGAUCUUUAUGCUGGAUAAUUUAAUUAAAAUGCGCCCUUAGGAUAGUUACACUCUUUCGAUAAUCCCUUGAAAGCUGGUAUGACUAUAUUCAAUAUAAUGACAAAUGAUGAUUGGUAUGGAGUAUAUGUAAUUGGAUCUGAACUAAAUCUAACAGCAGCUGCUAUUUUUUCAUUUUCAAUGGUUUUAAUUUUAAAUUAUUUAACAUAUGGAUUAGUUUUGGCAAUUUUAUUAGACGGGUUUGGAAGAUACCUAGAAGAAAAACAUGAUUAGGAUGGAAAUUAACAAUAAUUAUUGACAUCUUAAGCUUCAAACAACAGAGACGAUGAAGCUCUGAAUACAGAAAUAGAUUCAAUGUUUGAUUAGAAAGUCAAAUCUUAGUAUUUCUCAUAAGUUUAAAAUUUUGAUUAAAAUGAAGAGAAGGAAUAACCAAAAAUUAAACUUGAUAUUCUUAAGUCAUUCCAGAGAUCUCUAAGUAUUAAGUCUUAAUUAUAUUAGAGUAAUUACAUAAAUAGAUACUAAUGUCGAAUCCAAAAUUAUAUUAAGAUAUAGAAUGCGAAACUGCUUUAUAUUUCUUUGCCAAAAACAGCAGGAUUAGAGUUAUUUGUUGCAAUAUUUGCACAUCAAAAAGAUUUUAAUGGUUUUCAAACUCAGUGAUGGUUUCCUCAAUUUUUCUUAUGAUAGUUAGAACAUAUCACGAUUAUGAAGAUGAAAAGAGCUAAUAUCCCUAUAUAAUAUUAGCAAUUUUGAAUGUGCUUAAGCUAUCAGAGGAUAUCAUUUCAAUAAUAGCCAAGGGAUUAUUUAUGGAUAAGGGUAGUUAUUUAACUUAUUCCUGGUAAGUGGUUGAUCUAAUUUAUUUGUUUGCAUUCUUUAUUGAUACAUACAAAUAAAAUCCAAUAAUAGAUGUGUGUUUAUUUUUUGGACAUUUUAGGCCUAUGAAGCUAAUGUAUAGAAUCAAAUGGUUAGAUAAUAUAAGAGCUGCAUUAGCAUAAUCUUUAUUGGACAUGCUUAAGAUUUUAUUGACUUUGAUUUCUGUUUGGAUAAUGUUUGGGGUUUUUGGCAUCAUCCUAUAUGAAAGUUAAUUUGGAUUUUGUGAAGAUAAAAUGCAAUUCAAUAUUAACUAAUAGGAAUGCAUUGAAAAUAAUAGGCAAUGGAUUAACUAUAAACAUAAUUUUGACAAUAUAACAAUAGCCUUGCCAACACUAUUUGUAGUAUCAACAUUUGAUGGAUGGGGUGAAAUAAUGCAAGUGGCAGAAAAUAGCAGAUAAAGUAAUUUAGGUCCUGCGCCAUUUGCAUCAUAUUUAUCCACCUAUGGUUAUUUCAUGUCUUUUUGUUUUAUAGGUUCAAUGUUCUUUUUAAGUUUCUUUACAGGAACAUUGUUUUCUAAAUUGAGAGUGAAUCAAUAAAAGUUAGAAAUGCAAAAUGUCACCAGGUCUUAGAAAGAGUUUGUUGAAUUAUGUCCUAUGAUCCUGAAGGACUCUCCAGGUUUUUCGACUUCCCCUACUAGAUUCAUUGGAAGAUUGUCAUCAUUUAUAGUUAACAAUUCAAUUAGUCAGAAAAUCAUGUUUUUAUUACUAUUGGUUGAUUUAAUAUGUUAAUUGUAAUAUCAUUAUGACAUGGAUAUAGAUAAAAUAAGAACCCUGAAUCUAAUUUAAAGAUUUUUGAUUUUAUUUUAUGGCAUAUGGAUAGUUCUACUAUUUAUGCAAUUAGGCAUCAAUAGAUACUUUGACAAUUAUUGGAGAAGAUAUUAUAUAUUUUUAACUUUUAUCUCCCUAUGUGAUAUCAUAGCAGAUUUUCAAUAUGAUUGGGUCAUCCUUUAUUAUGAAUCUAAUGUUUAUACUCCCAAUUAUUAGAUACUAAGACUGGCCUUUAUGACAAGAUAGUUGAGACUCUUAGUAAUCUUUCAGGGAUUAAGCAAUUUAUCAAGAUUGAUUCGAGUCAUGGGUUUUGCUAUUCCUUUUUUAGCUAAACUCAUCUCGAUUCUGAUUAUUACAAUGAUCAUUUAUGCUUUGAUUGGGUGUGAAUUAUUUGGCAAAAUUAAAAAAGGAGCAGUCAUUGAUGAAUACAUAAACUUUACAAAUUUCGAAUAUGCAUUAUUGGCAUUAUAUAAGUGUGCAUCAGGGGAUGAUUUUAGAACAAUAAUGACUGAUACGAUGCACCAUAAUCCAUAUUGUUUAGAAAACCCUGACAAUUGUGGAUCAGAUUUCAAUUAAUUAUAUUUCAUAACUUUUAUGCUAUUCUCCAAUUAUGUUCUAUUAAAUUUAUUUGUUCUUGGAUUGAUAGAAUAAUUUGAGGAAUUCUUUUAGGUAUAGAAUUCAAUGAUUCAAACUUACGUAGAACAAAUUGAUAAGAUUAAAACAACUUGGUGUAAAUAUUCAGCUGAUAAUAAUGGUGAAAGCAUGCAUUAUAAAUUCCUAUGUCGAUUCUUACUAGAUAUUGGCUAACCAUUAGGAGGAGGAAAUGAAGAUAAUCUUUGGGAUGCUGCGAAAUUGGCUUCCAAAUUAAAUCUCAGAAGGUAUCUUAACUAUUAUACAUAUUAGUGAUCCAUAUGGCUAUAUUCAAUAUAAUCAAUUAUUGUAUCAUUUAUUUAGAUGUUGCUAUCAUGAAGAAAUCUUUAAAGAUGGAUCUCAAGAAUCCAUCAAAAAGAUUAAACAAUUUAAUAAAGAAAUGCAUACAAGAUUGUAUUAUUAUAGAAGAAACAAGACUCAGAAGAGGAGCAAUAUUUGUCUAAAUAAUUUGCAAUUUAAAUCUAAUUUUAACAUUCUUCAUGAUUAUCUUAAUGUUUUAAUCUUAUUUAAAACAUGGUAGUCAUACUCAAAGUUAUUAGUUUAAAAAAUAAUCAGAAGAUAAGAUGAUUACACAGAAACUGAUGAAAUGACCAUUGACAUGGAAUAUUUCAGUCCACAAUAGUAAAUAAUUUCAUAAAAUUAUUAGUCGGCAAACUGAUUUUAUAUCUGAUGGUUUUAGCUCAAGGAGAACAACUGAUAUCAAGUUCUAAGAGAAUUUGACUGGCCAUCAUGUAUCUAGAUAGAGUCAUGAAUCUUAGCAGCAAUAACAUUAGUUACCUAUUUAUUAAAACACUCUCUAAUAGGAAACAGAUAGAAUAUAUGGAGGGUUUGAUGAAAAUGUAAUUUUGGGUUUCAAAGAAAUUAGAUUUAAAAAUUGUAAUAAAUGA